CGAGCAGGAGUCGGUUCUCAGCCACGGUCGCCGCCGCACCGCCACACACGCAGCUCCAACUCACCACUCACCACUCACCCGCCGUCACACCACCACACUACCUGCCUCCGGGCCGCACAACCGCACCAGCAGCCCGCCCACACACUCCCCUCGCCCAUGGAGACCCAACUGGGCGCCCAACACCUGUCUUGCGUCUCACCUGGUGAACCCGGCAUCUAGCACUUUCAUCUUGUCGCGUGAACAUUUACUUCUUUUCUCUUUGUCUCAAGUUUGCAUCUCGCACCAACGGACACCUUACCAGACAAAAGUGUAAGAAAAAGAGGAACCACUUCCUCUAAAAAUUCAUUCCUCUUUUUUAUUACUAAGAAACAAGAGCAAAGCAAGACAAACUUUUAAAACAAAGAACAUUUUUUUUUCCUUCUCUCUGCUUCUCACUAGGACAAGAAAAGAAGAGAAGGUGGUGCAAGAGACCUUGUAUUGGUGGCGAUGCAGGAACAAUCACGUCCAUGGUCGAAGUGCAACGGUAGGAAUGGCUCUGAAGUGCUGGCCAGCGGUGUGCGGUUCGCGUGUCGCCUACAGUAGUUCCCAGCCUGAACGAAGCGUCUUGUGAGGGUAUGCGGACAUGCGGACGACCGGACGCAGCAAAACCUUCCACUUAAAGACUACUGAGCGUGUAUGUCACCUUCCUAGUCUGAGAAAGGUACUUGGGAACGCCGGAACGUGAUUGCACAGGUAAUAAAAGAUAAAAUAUAUUGUGAAUGAGAAAAUAGUGAAAUGGAAAGAAUAAUGAGAAAAUAAAGAUUUAAGAAAGGAAAACCAAGACCUCGAAGUACAAAUAAUAAACAUCAAACAAUAAACAAUUAAAAAACUUUGAGAGGAAAUAUAAAGGACAUCAGAGAAAACUUAAGAGAUAAACAUAUAAUAGAAAAUAGAGGAAGAAAAUAAAGAAAGGAGGCGGACAAGGAAGGUCGAAAACAAAGGAAUUUUGGCACCAAUCUUGCAGUCUUCCAGGCAGAGUGAACAACCAACCACUCCCCCCUCUGCCCUUCCCAUCAGAGGCCCCAUACACUCUCGACCUGAUUCGUGAAGAAGAGAAAGAAGGACCAAGAAUAAAGGAGGAAUAAUAAAACAAGAAAAGAAAAGGACCGACCUUGAGCCAGCGACCGUCACAACAGCAACAGCAAUCACUACAACAUUCAGUCCUAACACCGCUUCAUCAUCUACAUUGGAUUCAAGCCAACGAUAUUUCUUCUUAUCGCUUUCAUCUUUAAGUUCUCGAAAGAACUCUUAUUUGCCCGAUAUCGUAUUUCAAAAUAGCAAUAAGAAUAUUGUUUGUACAGCAUUUUUGCUAUAGUCUGCCAUUUAAAGUUUUCAUUUUCUACAUUUUCUUUCAGUUAUUGUCGUGAAACUUGAAAUCAUAACUAAAGGGUUUUGCAAUGGUGAGUUCGUCUGGUGCUUGAUCGGGGAAAGUAAUUAAUGCACACAGAGCUGUGAGUGUUACAGUCUGUACUUGUGUGCAUGUGCGUGUGUGAAUUUCUGGCCGUGAGUGAACGCGUGUGUGUAUGGGUGCUAUAUACAACCUGUUUGGAUUCUAAGCAGUUUGAGUUGUAAAUCUAUAACGAAUAGGAGGUUAACACAAAGUCAGCACACGCACACAAAUACGACAGGUGUGCUUUUGACUCUGCACAUCGUUUUUGGUUGGUUGAGUCAUAUAACACUCUCUCUCUCUCUCUCUCUCUCUCUCUCUCUCUCUCUCUCUCUCUCUCUCUCUCUCUCUCUCUCUCUCUCUCUCUCUCUCUUCAAACAUGUCCUUCCUGCUCCACUUCAGUAACUAUCUCAUCGGAGGUAAUGUACCCAUAGACGAUGGCGUUGAUAAACUCAAUCGCAAGUACACCAUCCUAAUCCUCAUCUGCCUCUCGUUGCCACUCGUCACAAAGCAGUUCGCAGGUGACCCAAUUGAGUGCUUCACCCCUACAUACUUUACAGAGCCACAGUCACGUUAUGUCAAUUCAUACUGCUGGACGGCGAGUACCUAUUACAUCAUUCCAAUCGAUGAGACAGCGCGGGAACAGGUGACGAGGGUACAUUCAGUCAAUUUCGAUGAUGAAGGCAGCUCUUCGUCCAUCAAAGGAGAAAGAAUCAAGGUCAACUAUUACCAGUGGGCACCCAUUAUCCUACUAGUGGAGGCAGGACUCUUCUAUGUACCCUUUGCCAUCUGGAAUUCCACUGCGAAGAACUCUGGAAUCAAGGUGGGUCGUCUUUUGAAGAAAGUAUCCGUGAUCUCCCAGUACACACCUGGUCAUCCUGAUCGAGAUGCCCUCAUCGCUGAGUUCCUGGACCAGUUCAACACGCUGAUGGGGGUAUCUAAGUGCUGUCCAGGAACUGUGUGUAAAUUCGACUGUAAUUUAGCAUGUGGUGGCAACCCGUCUUCAUCACUGUUCAUCCUCUAUAUGGUGGUGAAGAUUUUGUAUGUGUUCAAUAUCUUAAUGCAGUACUUCCUGCUGACGGUGUUCCUGGGCAAGGGCUAUCUUUUCCAUGGCAUCGAGGUGGUGGAGAAGCUUAUCAACAAAAAGGAGUGGUGGACGUCUCCACGCUUCCCACUGCAAACACUGUGCCAGGUGUUGGCUGCACAACAGGGCUCUCUGCGCACCUACACCUGCCAGUGUGUGUUGCCCAUCAACUUGUUCAACGAAAAGAUAUUUUCCUUCAUCUGGUUUUUCUUCGCUAUCCUACUACCAGUCACCAUCUACAGUGCCCUCAUCUGGGUCUGGCGCACCUUCACCUGCUCUCGCAUCGCGUUUGUGCAUUACUACCUGUGGAGGACGCGGCGUGUCGGCAAGGAGGACCUGUACAACAAUGCACGCAAAAUGGCUGUGCAGUAUCUCGGGUGGGACGGGUGUCUAGUGCUACGGCUCAUUGAAAUGAACCAUGGCGGCACCAUCCUCACCAUCCUCACCGAGCGCCUCUGGGAAUUCUACGAGGGGAUGGAGCGGGCCCAGCAGGACGGAGGAGAUCCUGAGGCCUACCUUAAUCAACGGCCACCCAUCUUCGCUUGCGGGCCUUACCCUCCCCCGGGUCCUAGCACCGUCACGCCCACCCCCACAGGCCCCUAUGGAUUCUACGGGAAGCACUUCCUCCCAGGCACUCCCGGGGCCUAUCCGGGCUACAUGUGGAACCACCAGGACAUGGCCACCCCAGGGUAUUCCUCCUAUCCCAGAAUUCGGGGCAAGAUUAGGUAACCCGCCCCUCACCCUCCCACCCACUCUGAGGGCUAAUUAAUGCCCACAUCCACACCUAUUCUCCCAACCUGUCCUGACUAAAUGUUGCAAAACAUCUAUAUUUCUGUUUUAACAUUUUCAAAUCCCUUAAAGUUUUGAACCAAAGCAAUCAAACUCCAGACUAAUAAAGCACUACUGAUAUGCGUGCUAACAAGGCUGUAUGUGACACAUCUCAGCUGUUACUUCCCAUGCUAAUAAGUACUACAACUGAAUCACGUUGCCAGUCAUCUCUCUCAUAAAUGAAUGAGUGAUGCAACUCUCCUGACACAGUAAAUACGUAGUGCAGAAAGUGAAAUUUCAGAAUACAAAAGAAAAAUCAUAAAUCACAGAGAACAAAAAAUAAAUUCCUUUCAAAACAAGUUCUGCACUCUGUACCCCUCAAUUUUUUUUUUUUUUUUUUAGAAUUCUUGCCGACCCAUUCAGAUUUCAUUCUCCAUCUGAAAAAAAUGGAAUGGACUUAAUUAUUCGAAAGUCCCUCACUUUUAAGAAUGACCAGCCAGACUUAUUUCCCCCUUUUCGGAGAAGAGAAAAAGAAAAAGAAGGGAAGAUAAAAAAAGGAAGGAGGACACCCCAUAUUGGCCCUGCUUUGGUAUCCACUCCUCACUACUACUACUACUACUACUACUACUACUACCACCACCACUACCACCACCACCACCACCACCACCAUCACUAACACCGCCACUACCAACACCACCUAGUGCCCUUAGAAAGAGAAGAAAAAGAAAGAUGUAAUAGUAUCAGUAACAGUAGCAACAAAAGCAACAGUAAUUAUCCUGACAAAGUAGAUCAACCUGUGUGUGUGCGUGUGUGUGUGUGUGUGUGUGUGUGUACAUAUUGUAUACCUAUGUGUCUGUAGACAUAUUACAAUAGCGUGUUACUAUAUUAGAUGUGUGUGUGUGUGUGUGUGUGUGUGUGUGUGUGUGUGUGUGUGUGUGUGUGUGUGUGUAAGUCAGGUCACAGUAUUAUAAUACUAUAGUUAUUUCCUGAUUGUGUAUUGCUGGCAGGUAAUAUAGCUACCUUAUAUAGUGGUGUUCGUCUGUUUAGUUAAUGUUUGUUGGUUGACCAGUGUCUUGCCAGUAAAUAGUGUCACAAAAACGCGUACUUGUCCAGUUAUGUUUUGUCCUUUGUUUUAUGUUUGUAUUUAAGUAUGUUGUUUUUCAUUAUUGACUUCUUUUCGUUACCUUCUUUAAUUUCAUAAUAUAGUUAGUUUGUCCCACUGUACAUAAUUGUCUAUACAUGUAACAUUCUUCAUAUUUGUUAUUGCUUGUAUCUUAUUUACAACAAAAUGUAUAGUUUGCAGUGUCUUUACAGGGUAGUGUGGAGUCUGUCUGCACACUGCCAAGUCCGUCUAUUAGUAUCUGCACUGCACUGUGUGUGUGUGUGUGUGUGUGUGUGUGUGUGUGUGUGUGUGUGUGUGUGUGUGUGUGUGUGUGUGUGUGUGUGUGUGUGUGUGUGUGUGUGUGUGUGUGUGUGUGUGUGUGUGUGUGUGUGUGUGUGUGUGUGCAUCCUAACCAUAGUGACUGCCUCAUUUGACCUUCUCCCCAUACCUCUCUUUAUCUUUCUCUGACACCCCCAUCUCCACUCUUCUCCCCUUUCAUUAUUUUAAGACACUCCUUUCUCUCGCCCUACAUAACCAUAUCCUCUUCCUUAUCCUAACCUCAUAUCUACUCAUAACCUUCUCUUCACCGUUAUGAGACUGGGAGUUAUAAGUAAAGCCACAUGAGGAACAGAGCCUGCAUUAGUUACCCUUAAAUAGAUCACGUUUUCUUCGAAUGCUUCUAUAUAAGUUGUCGGAAAGGUAUUCUGCACACGUUUUUAGUACAUUGUAAUGACGAGGUUGUAAGGAUUAGCACUACGAUAUGUAAUAGAGGAAGAAUGAUUGAUACCUGAAGAAAUGACUAGUUGCAUAGUGUAUGAUUACCAUUUUGCUUUCGUUUGUUACGCUACGAUAUGAUUCUGUUUUCUUAUGUAGUAAAUUACUAUUAUUAUUAUUUUCAUUACUAUUAUUAUUAUUAUUAUUAUUAUUAUUAUUAUUAUUACUAAAAGUAUGAUGCUCUCUCUCUCUCUCUCUCUCUCUCUCUCUCUCUCUCUCUCUCUCUCUCUCUCUCUCUCUCUCUCUCUCUCUCUCUCUCUUGCACAAUUCGUCUGCCUGUCUGUCUGACUUCUAGCCUGCAUGCUAAUCGCAUAGUCAGUUGCUCACUACCUUGCAUUUCAACACACGCCAGUACACGUUAUUGCACAGGACUGUAUAUACUUCUCUUCACUCCAAUUGCUUGCAUUACACUUUACCAGACUUUGCUGUUUCCUUUUUUCACCUUUCGUUACGUCUAGCAACACUUUAUGAUUUUUUUUUUUUUUUUUUUUUUUCAUUUCAAGUUUGCAGAGAUGGAUGAGAUUCGAAAAAAAUUGAAGUCCGAUUAGCGAUUAACGAUUCGCCAGCUUAUCAACUCCGAUUUGAUUAUCCAAUUCGGAUGCCAAAAAUCUAAGUCCGAUUAACGAUUACCUGAUUCCAUUAUUCCACUGAACAUUUUUAAAAGCGAUUCGAUAUUUAUAUAAACGAUUCAUUGUUUUUACAAUGAUUAUCAGUGCUCAUAAAGGGAAUUUUAUUUACUUAUUUAUUUUUACCCCAAAGAAGCCAUUUCUAACUAAUACAGAGAGAAACCAAGCUUUUAAGAUGAAAAUAAUUAAUCAUGAUAUUUUACGCAUUAUAUAAGAAAGGGUGAAUAGAACAGAAUAAAACGAAAAAAAUGUAUUUACUUGAGAAAACAUAGUAAAAAAUAUUAAGAAACUACUAUAGUUAAAAAAAAAUAUGGACUAUGUCGACCUUGAUUAAUCGCAAACACCUUUAAAUUUUCAGCAGCCCGAUUAUGAUUACCCGAUUUUUUUGGCGGAGUUAGUCCGAUUCGAUUAUCCAAUUCGAAAGGGUGAGUUCAUUUGAUCGAACAAUCGGAUAAUCGGACUUCCGAAUCGGACCGCCCACCUCUGCAAGUUUGUCCCUGCCAAACAUCUCCCUUCACCAUCCAUGUAUCCAUUAUCCAUGGUUGCAUUUCGUUUUCCCUAUCUCUGUCGUGGUUUUAAUUAUCCUGUCUUACAUUAUUCCUUCCGCAUGUCGCAACCCAAACUGUUAUCCUCCACAAACUCACAAACACAUUGCUACACCUUUCCCACUACCAACCUUACAACCUAAUAACACCACUAAGUGCUUCCCGUAAUCCUCUGGGAAAGUAUAAAAAAAUUAUCAAUGACAUAAGAAGAUGAAAUGAUAAGUAUGAUGAUAACAAUAAAGAAAGAGGAGGAGAAGGAGGCCCACGAAAAGAUGGAUAGAACUUCAUAUGUUCUCACAACAAAAUAUUACAGGGUAUAGGUAACUAACAAGAAUGUUAAUAUUGGUAAUGGUAAUGAUAAUGAUGAUGAUGAUAAUUAUAAUAAUAAUAAUAAUAAUAAUAAUAAUAAUAAUAAUAAUAAUAAUAAUAAUAAUAAUAAUAAUAUAAUCAAUACGAUGGAAAGGUGAAACAAGUUACCAUACAAUAAAAUCAACAAAUUCAAACGAGAUGCGAGAGCUUACCAAAAACAAAGAAGAGGCAGACAGACCCACAUGGGACGCUGGUUGUACGUCAUUUUUCUUGUUUGUCAUUUGGUUUGUAAGUUUGCUUGUUUGCUUGCUUGUUCCUUCCUUUUGGUUGCUCGUUUUAUUGCUUCACUGUUUGAACAUGUCUACGUAACGUCUCCAGGACACAGUUCGGUCAUCUUGUGGGUCAAACACACACACACACACACACACACACACACACACACACACACACACACACACACACACACACACACACACACACACACACACACACACACACACACACACACACACA